GUUUACUCGCCCGUUUGCACCGUGACGCAACCCGGCAAAGGUCCUUGCAACCUGUGAGCUGUCUGGGGGCCGGGGAAUCAAGCGAGGAGCGUUACUCAUUGACAGAGUUAUCGGGCGCCGAGACUACCCAGCGGAUGAUACACGAGAUUUGCUGCUUUGCGCAAGGCGCCUGCGCUCUUUCAGGAAAGAAUUGGACCCAGAAGGCGCAGCUAGACAAGGAACCCGCCGCCGAUCCCCGUUUUUCCGCCUUUGAAGGGGAGGCAGGCUGGCCAAAUCUCCCUGCAGGAAGCCCUGCCGGCGAGGAAGGGAGGUUUAAAGGCCCGGGAGCUCUGCCCUUCCACCAUCCGAGAUCCACCCUUUGCGCUCGUUUGCAGGAUCUCCGGGCAUCGCGGCCUUGCAUCGCCGGCCCGAGGUCCAGAGAAGUCACCAUGCCUGUCAACAUCAGAGACGUGAUGCAGCUCCUCUGCCAUGUUUCUGAAGAGCGAAAAAUGAAAGCAGCCUUCAAGCACUCUGGGCGAGGCGCCUUGGUGGUUGGAACGACGGCUUUCUUCGGAGGUUUGAUGGCAGGACCACCUGGCCUUGCUGUCGGAGGUGCCAUUGGUGGCUUGCUUGGAGCCUGGAUGACCUCGGGACAGUUCAAGCCCAUUCCUCAGAUUAUCCUGGAACUGCCUCCUGUGGAGCAGCAACGACUUUACGAAAACGUCUGUGCCAUUAUUCAGAAUCUGGACUGGACGGAUAUAGCCCAACUCACAGCCUUGGUCAUGGCCAACGGUGCCCUUCAAGAGAAAUUGCUUGGAGUCCUGACAAGCUAUAUCACUAAUGAACUCCGAGGGGAGAUCCAGUAUGGAAACUAGACUCAAUUUGUGUUUCAGGAGGUUGUGAGUGCCCUUGACUCCCUUCUGGUCCUUUUCUCUCUGGCGUUUUAGAUUUCUUAAGAUCGUGGUUUUUAUAAGAAUAACAAGAUGGCAACUGUGCAUUUUUCUUUAACCCCCAAAUAAUCUGUUCGGGAAAAGUUCUUCUUCUUCUUCAUAAUUAGUCCUUAUUUCAAUAGCCAAGGGUAGAUCGGUUUGAGCCUUGAUGUUUACCGUAUUUAUUUAAAAAUCUACUUAUGCCACCCCAAAAACUGGAUUUGGAGUGCCUUGCCAAGUAAGUACCUCUCAUUCAUCAGACCUCCUAAAGCAGCGGCCUCUGUAACAGUGACGUCAUCAAAGAAAGUGCCACCGUUGCGUCCUUGCAUCGUGAUCAAUGCAAUAAGUCAUGGCGUUGGCGGUAUGAUGACGUCACCAUUUGCUGCUCUUUGAUGUGCAUCGUUCUAGAUGAAUAAUGAUACACUGCACAGGUAUCAUCAGCCUUAUCCCAGGGUGAGAUCUUUGACCUAUUGUCCUACCCAAAUAUGUUCUUUGGCUUAGAGAGAGAGAGACAGGCUGGUGGUUAACGUAUCUUCAGGAUGCCAAGUUGGAGAAACCUAAUGUAGAUCACGGCAUUGUGGUUGAACUACGUGGUGUCCUCUUGGCCACAUUAGAAUGAUCAACGUCAAAUUACUUGGAAUUUCUCAGAUUGUGGGGGGGGGUUCACUUAUCCAUGGGGUGUGUUUCUUCUCUUGCUGCCUUAAUUUUGGGACGGUGAAGGAGUGAAAAGUUGAAAUAGUCCGGAGCCAAAAAUGUAGCAGAUGAUUCACCUUAGGUAUUUCUCCUGAAGAUGCAAAUAAAGCUGAAUUUUAAUGUGUGAA